UUGUUGAAAAGUACAGUUGUCUACAAACAUACGACAAAAUGAAGUUUUUACCUUUGAUAUCAGUGACAUUGGUUCUUUUAUGCUUCAUUGUUGGAUCAUUUGGCAAACCUCGUGGGAACCUCAUGAAAGGGAUUUCUUCUACUCGAGUUGAGCUGUUAUCUGAACCAGAUCAUGAUACGGUCGCUCAUUUGAAGCUCCAUUUAGAAGAGCUUAUGGAUUCUGUCCAUCGACAUGGGGAAUUAAUGGAUGCGGGAUUAACCGAUAUGUUGGAAAUAUUACAAGUGCUUCACGAUUCUGGUCAUCAAGAACCAGAAUUACCCGAUGAACCAGAAUUACGUAAUCAAACGCAAUUACCGGAUGAACCGGAAUUACCUAAUCAAACAGAAUUACCUGAUGAAUCGGAAUUACCUAAUCAAACGGAAUUACCCGAUAAACCGGAAAUACCUGAUGAACCGGUAUUUCCUAAAUAUGCUCCUUUGAAGGGCCACCUAUUAGCGCUACAAGAAUCUGUUAAUCGACAUGGGGAGGGACUACAAGAUGUGAAGGAGAAAUUAUACGCGCUUCGCGAUGAAAUAGUUGCAUUGGAAUUCGAUUGGAAUAAUCCGAUCGUUGAAUGGAGGAAGACAUUAGAAGAUUACAACAGACAUGGUAAACCAGCCCAUCAUCCUAGAACACGUUUUGUUUUUAUACCAAAUUUGCCAAAAAUCUCUAAAUGUCAUUAGUAAAUAUAUAUCACGUACCAUUGCUCCCUGACUUCGAUAGUGUCCUCACCCAUUAUAAACCACACUAAACUUUACAAGGACCACACCUCGCAAUAUGGCAAAUAAUUGCUUUGCA